CACGCGAUCACGCAGCUCGAUGCGCAUGUUAAGUACCUACUUGAUGUAACGACUCGGUGCCCUAAAUAUUAUAAUAUAUAGUGCUUAAUAGUAAUAAGACUUACUAUACAACAUUUUGUAAAGUGUUAAUUAAAUUGAUUGACAAACUUAUUCAAUCGUUUAUUUUAUAGUGUGUGUAACCUCAUAGUUACUACAGUGGUGACCCCGACGUGAUCAUGGGACCGAAACUGGACGAAUCAAGUGGAAGUGUGCCUUCUAACGAGGCAAGUGCACAAACUCCUGCAUCUGAAGGAAGCUUGGCGAGGGAUACCGGCGAUGUAUUCAGGGUGGGCAUUAAGGUGCCGCCAUUUUGGCCAGAGGAACCGGACAUUUGGUUCGCCCAAAUAGAGGGCCAAUUCGACUUGCAGAAAAUAACAAGUGACUCGACGAAAUUCAAUUAUGUUAUAAGCCACUUAGAUAACCAACAUUCGCGAGCUGUGAAAGAUAUUAUCGUCAAGCCACCUCCAGAGCGAAAAUAUGAAAAGCUGAAAACAGAGUUAAUACGGAGGUUAAGCGACUCGAAGGAAAAGAGGAUCAAACAGCUAAUGAUGCACGAGGAGCUUGGAGAGAGGAAGCCGUCCGAGUUCCUGCGACACCUGCAGGGGCUGGCUGGCGUCAGCGUGGACGACGACUUCAUGAAGAACUUGUGGAUUGGCCGCCUGCCGCACGGGAUCCAGACGGUGCUCGCCGGGCAGCCCAACACUUCGACGUUGGAGGACCUCGCAGACCUGGCCGACCGGGUCAACGACCUGGCCACCGCCGCGCCGAGGGUCGCCGCCGUCAGCAACCCAGUCCCCGGUUCGGCGUUAAGUGAUCUCGCCCGGGAGGUCGCGGAGCUUCGGCGAGAGCUGCGCGAGAUGAAGAUGGGGCACACGAGAGCCCCCAGGUCCCGCGCGUCAUCAUCAUCGCGACGCGACCGCAGCGGCUCUGCCUCUAGACGUCGUUCCCAGUCCAACUACAGGAAGUAUCCAGUGUGCUGGUACCAUAGCAAAUUCGGAGACCAGUCGACCAAGUGCAACCGGCCGUGUGACUACGCUGCGGCGGAAAACGGGAAGGGCGGUCUGUAAAUGCGGCCGACGAUUGCCCUCCACCAUCAAGAGGCCGCCUGUUCGUGACUGACCGAUCUUCGAAGGCGCAGUUCUUGGUCGACACAGGUAGCGACCUCUGCGUCUACCCAAGAAAUUACACGACCAGCCGGCGUACACCACACAGUACCACAUAACACAGUACACCACAUACGAACAACGCCAGGCCCUCCAGUCUCCUCCCCGCCCCGCCGUUUAGCCCCCGACAAGCUUAAGAUCGCGCGACAGGAAUUCCAGUCUAUGCUGGCCAAUGGCACAGCUAGACCUUCGGAGAGCCCGUGGUCAUCACCACUUCACCUGGCGCCGAAGAAAAACAACGGGUGGCGCCCCUGCGGCGAUUACCGUAAGUUAAAUGCUCGCACAGUACCUGACAGGUACCCGAUUAAACACAUUCAUGAUUUUACGCAUAGUGUUACAGGUUGUAAUGUAUUUAGCACAAUUGACCUAGAAAAAGCGUAUAAUCAGAUACCUGUCAGCCCUGAAGACAUACCAAAGACCGCUAUAACAACUCCUUUCGGUUUAUACGAAUUUCCGUAUAUGGGGUUUGGCCUCAGAAACGCUGGACAAACUUUCCAGCGGUUUGUUGAUGAAGUCACCAGAGGUCUAGAUUUCGUUUAUGCCUAUUUGGACGAUUUCCUCAUUUACUCACGAAGUGAAGCUGAGCAUGAGGAACAUCUCCGCAUUGUUUUCCAGAAGCUCAAGGACUACGGCCUCAUGGUAAACGCAGCCAAGUGCGUUUUUGGCGAAAAAGAGGUAACAUUUCUAGGAUACCGGAUCUCAGAGAGAGGCUGCAAACCGCUCGACUCCAAGGUUCAAGCAGUUAAGGAUUUCCCGCCUCCGACAAACGUCCGGCAGCUUAGAGGUUUUCUGGGCAUGCUAAAUUUUUACAGGAGAUUUCUCCCACGAGCAGCUCAGAUCCAGGCCCCUCUUCAUGCUUUACUGACCGGUUCGGUAAAGGGUUCGCAGUCCAUCACUCUAGAAGGAGAUACUCUAGCAGCCUUUGAAAAGUGUAAGGAGAGCUUAUCCAAUGCCGCGCUGCUGGCUCACCCCGACUGCUCAGCAAAUCUUGCCGUAGUCACAGACGCAUCAGACAAGGCGAUCGGGGCGGUACUGCAGCAGUUAAAGGAAGGCAUAUGGGAGCCCCUUGCGUUCUUUUCGAGGAAACUCACACCUGCUCAAGUUAAGUACUCUCCCUAUGACAGAGAACUGUUAGCCAUUUAUGAAGCCAUAAAGUACUUUCGGCACAUGCUUGAAGCCAGACAUUUUGUCGUAUAUACAGACCACAAGCCGAUCAGUUUCGCAUUUCAUGAAAGAAAAACAAACUGCUCGCCGCGUCAAUACAGGCAUCUCGACUUCAUCUCCCAGUUCACAACGGACAUCCGACACAUAUCCGGAAAGGAUAAUGUUGUCGCCGAUACCCUGUCACGUAUCGAAGAACUGGGA